AUGUUUAAGAAGAAGACAAUACUCUUCAUUGAUGAAAUUCAUCGCUUUAAUAAACUUCAACAGGACACUUUCUUACCAUUUGUUGAAAAUGGUACUAUAGUAUUACUUGGAGCUACAACAGAAAAUCCAUCAUUUUCUUUGAAUUCAGCUCUUCUUUCUCGUUGCCGAGUAGUAAUUUUAGAAAAAUUAGGAGUGCAACGCAUUCAAGAAAUAUUACAGAGAGCAGCAGACAAAAUAAGUUUCAAAAUAAUUGAAAACAUCAAUAGCUUGGAUGAAAUUGCCAAAGGAAAGCAACAUGUUGGAUGUGUUCUUCCACAGCAGUGGGUAUUUGGGAUUUGCCAUGAAUUGAAAGAGUAUUUCUUAGUGACCAUUCCUGACCAUUCAGCUAAAACUUUGAUUACCGCAAUAAGGAAUAACAUGAGAGAAAGGAGAGAUCAGCAUUAUAACUGUAUUUCAGCAUUCAUAAAAUCCAUGAGAGGGUCUUCUGUUGAUGCUACUUUAUAUUGGUUAGCACGAAUGGUUGAAAGUGGUGAAGAUCCUCGUUUUAUCGCACGUCGAAUGGUUGUCUUUGCUAGUGAAGAUAUAGGUAUAGCUGAUUCAAAUGCACUUAAUCUAGCUGUUUCCACAUUAUCCUGUUGUCAAAAUAUUGGUAUGCCUGAAUGUAGGUUGAUGAUAUACAUGUUUGCAAUAAUGAUAUUGUACACAUGUAGCUGUAAUUUUGAUUAA